CCAACAUGGCGGCCGCGGUCCGGCUCCUUCCGGCUCUCUUGCUGUCGCUCCUGUCCUGUUUUCCCGCCACGGGUUUCCCGCGCAGGGACGUGCUCGAGCUCGGUGACGCGGACUUCGAUUACCUAGCAACGGAGCACGAGACCAUGCUGGUGACGUUCUACGCUCCAUGGUGUGGACACUGUAAGAAACUGGCUCCAGACUUUGAGAAAGCAGCGACAAAACUGAAGGGAAGCGUCCAGUUAGCCAAGGUGGACUGUACCGCUCACUCAGAGACCUGUGGUCGUUUCGGGAUCUCUGGUUAUCCUACUCUGAAGAUCUUCAGGAACGGGAGAGACUCCGCCCCCUACGACGGACCUCGCACUGCAGAUGGGAUCUAUCAGUCCAUGAAGAAGCAGACGGGUCCAGACUCGUUUCUCCUGAAGUCCACAGACGAGCUCCACAGUUUCGUCCAACACUACGACGCCAGCAUCAUCGGUGUGUUUUCAGGUGCAGGCGGCUCGGCUCGGGGGGAGUUUCUGAAAGCUGCCGCUCUGCUGAGGGAUCAGUUCAGAUUCGCUCACACGGCCGACGUGGCGCUCGGGGACGAGUACGGCGUUCAGUCCGACAGUGUGUUGCUGUUCCGACCUCCCCGACUCAGCAGUAAGUUCGAGGACAGCGUGGUGGUCUUCAGAGACCACCUGACCGUCGCCUCCCUGAGACGCUUCAUCAGAGACCACCUCUACGGACUGUGUCCUCACAUGACUCUGGAGAACAAAGAGCGCCUGAGAGUUCGCGACCUGCUGACGGCGUUCUACGACCUCGACUACCACCACAACACCAGAGGCUCCAACUACUGGAGGAACAGGGUGCUGAAGGUGGCGUCACAAUAUACUGGGCGGGGCCUGACCUUCUCGGUAGCCAAUAAGAAGGACUUCCUGUCCGAGCUGGAGGAGGACUUCGGUCUGGGAACGUCGGACGGGGGGGAACUUCCCUUCGUCACCAUCCGGUCCAAACUGGGUCACAAGUUCACCAUGAGGGAGGAGUUCACGAGAGACGGCCGGUCCCUGGAGAGAUUCUUAGACGAUUACUUCGCUGGUCGACUCAAACGUUACGUGAAGUCUGAGCCGGUCCCCGAGAGGAACGCAGCCGCUGUGAAGGUGGUUGUUGCUGAGACGUUUGAUGACAUCGUCAAUGAUCCAGAAAAAAAUGUUCUGAUCCAGUUUUACUCUCCAACAUGUCCACACUGCAAGAAACUGGAGCCGGUCUACAGAGAGCUGGCUGACACGAUCUUUUCUGAUAAAAACAUCGUCAUCGCCAAAAUGAACGCUGUUGAGAACGACGUCCCGCUGGGGUUCGACGUCCACGGGUAUCCAACCAUUUACUUUGCUGCGCUGGGUAAGAAGGACGAGCCGUUACGAUACGAGGGGGGUCGAGAGCUCAGAGACUUCCUGAAGUUCCUGAAGCGUGAGGCGAGUCCCAGCCCGGCGCCGAGCGGGUCGAAGGAAGAACUCUGACCUGUCCAUCCUCCGAUCUGACCUGACCGCUGUCGCCAUGACAACAAACACGUCGGGGGGGUCGAGACGCCUGGGGACAGCUGUGUCCAACACCUGUCCACUGUGAUGUCAUGUGACUGUCAGCUCCACCUGUUUGGAUCUGGAGCACGCUCAGUGUUCACGUGUGUUUUUGGUGAAUCUUGCAAAGCAUCUUGGGAAAUGUAGUGGACGCAUGAGUCAAGACAAUUUAUCAGCUGACAUUUUAAACAACAACCUUUUUACUGAAGAACCAAAAACUUUAUUUAUUGAACUGUUUGUUUUUUAUUUAUUUAAGUUUUGUACAAUAAAAUACUGAAUAAUACAGAUGAACUCAUAUUUAAACAAAUCUUAUUUUGAAAGUCUAAUUUCUGAAAUAAUUGUUGUGAUGGUAAUAAAAACAUUUUAAAUAUUUAAUUUAAAUAAAUUUUAUACAUUUCAGAAUCGCAGCUAAAAUAAAAGAUAAAUUGAAGAGUCGACUUUAACAAACCAAUGAUUCUGUUCUGGUGCCAAGUGUCUGCUUUGUGUUGUUAUCGAUGUUGCCUUUUGAUGAACUCGUUUCUAUUCAUUUAAAUUAUUGUUGAGCCUUCAGAUUGUUGCUGUGACAGAAACAGUUGGACGGAGGUCUGUUUUCCUCUGUCACCUGACAGGUCACCUGACAGGUCACCUGACAGGUCACCUGACAGGUCGACAGGUCACCUGACAGGUCCCCUGACAGGUCACCUGACAGGUCACCUGACAGGUCACCUGACAGGUCACCUGACAGGUCGACAGGUCACCUGACAGGUCACCUGACCACCCUGUCAAACAGAUAAACCACAGUGAGAACUUCUGUUUUACUUUGAUUAUCAGAAUUUCAAAAUAAAACAUCUUA